AUGCAUAUACUGCUGGUCAACGACGAUGGCCCACCGAACAAGCGUCUCUCACCCUACGUGCGUCCCCUCGUAGACGAGCUCCACGCCGCUGGCCACCAAGUCUCCGUCGCAAUCCCCGCUGCUUCACGCUCAUGGAUCGGCAAAGCCCACAUCAUCGAGGCCUCCCUCACCGCAAGCUUCGUUCACCCAGACUCCUUCCGUGACGACGGGUCUUGGGACGAGCACUUCACACCGAGUGCGGAAUCAGCGGACCUACGCGACUGGGUCGUCAUCCAGAACGGAACCCCGGCCAGCUGCGCGCAACUCGGACUCUACAGCCUUUUCACAGACCGGCCACCCAUCGAUAUCGUCAUCUCCGGCCCGAAUCACGGACGCAAUGCCUCGACGAUCUACAAUCUCUCUUCGGGGACGGUGGGUGGAGCCUUGGAAGCCGUGUUCUGUGGACAGCGUGGAAUCGCAAUUUCCUUUGGUAGCAAGGAUCCUCAACCUGGUGAUGUGAUCGGCGCCGCGGCCCGACACGCAGUGCGUGUUGUUGAUCAUUUGCUGGGUCACUGGGAUGAGCGUGUGGAGCUGUAUAAUAUCAAUGUUCCGAUGCGAAUCGAUGUCGAGACACAACCCAUCUUAUACACACGGACAUUGCCGUACUACUGGUCGCGGGGCUGCCUGUACGCCGAGGUUGAGCCGCAGACAAGGAGUGAAAUGGCCGACAGCUCCUUGAUGAAUGGCGUGCACAAAGAGCAGCGGGAAGAGGCUGCUCAAGCGGGUGUCACGGGUGUCAAUGGUGUCAAUGGUGUCGAGAAGCAGGUUCGGAAAAAACGCCAUUUCAAGUGGUCGGCGGAUUUGUCAGAUAUGAAGAAGCGGCUACAGGAAAGUGAAGAGGGAACUGAUGCGCAUACCGUUCUUAAUGGGUCGACGAGUGUCACUGCUCUCCGCGCCAACUUCUGGCACGUACCGGGUCUUGAGGGACCAUUGCACCUGGAAUAA